CCCUAGGGGGGACCUUUUGCCCGUCCUGUAGAUCACUGUCUUGUCGUGUUUCCGACGCGGGUAGCGGCCCGAUGGGGCAGAGAAGGCGUCCCCAGAAAAUGCAGCAUGGUCCUCUUGCCUGCCUUCAGCAUGCAGUGCAUCGUGAGUCUCAGGGAGUCAACGCGAAGGAGGGGCUGGAAGACACAGCAGAGCGUGGUUUGGGGCUUGCCCGCCCUCGUCCAUCCGAUUCGUUGCCAUCAGGAUUCCGAUUCGGUUCCCCAUUCACACGGAUGUGCAGGCCGAACGAUGCACGCGGAAUGGCGCCUUGCGCGCGCGUCGCCAUGUUCUCUGUCAGGUUUUGCCUUCGGGAAGACGCCCGAGCUCGACACGCCAACGCUCUUCGUGCCGCAGGCCGCCUCGCUGGCCCUCGGCGAGGAACGCUGGGCCGAGGUCGUGCCUGCGUGCGCGCUGGCGCUGCAGGCGCUCAGCAGCCCCGGCCAGCCGCCGGGCUGGGACUGCCUGUGCCGCGUCCCGGAGCUGCGCCCCGCGCUGCCGGAGGCUCGCCUCUACGCGCGCGGCCUCAGCUUCGAGGGAUUUGCGCUGGAGCUGGAGCGCGCGCGCGAGUGGUCGCUCCAGCGGGCCACCAAGAACACGCUGAGGGAAGCGGUGCAGUACCUCGCGGCCGCAGGGGCGGACCUCCUGCCCGCGGCCGCGCCCGCCGCCGAGCGCGUGCCGCCAGCCGCGCGGGCGGGCUGCCCCGAGCCCGUCGUGGCCACCACGUCGUGGCCAUGCCCGAGCGGUUCCCGAGGCGCCGCAGCGUCGCAGGCAGGGCCGUGGCUUCACCAGGAGCCGCUAGCGGUGACAGCCGCGCCGUCGGGCUACCCCGAGCUCGACAGCAGGGCGGCCUACGCAUCUGUCUACGGCUCCGCGGCGCAGAGCACGCCGCGGGUGCGGGCCGCGCCCCCGCUGCAGCACCAGCGGCCGCACGCCCGGCCCGCCGCUGCCGCUGGCGCAGGUGCAGUCCCCCGCCGGCUUCGCCGAUCGGCGUGUGUGUUUCCCUGCGUGUUUCAUGCUCUGAGCUGAGGGCGCUCCGGCCAUCCGCGGCCCUCUCUCCCCCCUUUCCUAACGGCCUUCCUUG